AUGCAGGUAUACCCGGAGCCUGCCCCGCCCUCCCCUGCGGAGAACCUGCGCUGGCUGGAGGAUCAGCUAGACGUGACGUACUCGCCAGUGUGUUGCUCCUAUAAUGCCGGAGCAACGACGUUGCUCCUUCGGCUGCCGAGCGCGGCCUGGGGCGUCGGGAGUGCAGCCAGCGCCAGUGCAGCCGGCGGCGAGAAGAACAGUGGGGGUGGAGGACGCGAUCCUUCUCCAGACGGCGCGGGGUGGCGUCGCGAGGGUGCCAGUGAGCAGAGCCUGGUGGACAUAUUCGGCCGCAUUCACAGUCUGGAUGCUCUGAAGCUGCAGCGCCAACCCGGUUCCUGGGGCGCGGCGGCGGGCGGGCUGGCGGACGUGGUGCUGCCCAAAGGCCAGGACAGCUGCGGCCUUCCGCAGGGGAGCGACGCGGGGCUGUUGUCGCAGAGCGAGGAGACGGCAGUCUCGUGCGGCGGCGGGUCCAGCAACGCGGAGCGUUCGGAGUCUUCGCUUUCCCCCGCGGAGUUCAAGCCGUGCGAGGAAGCCUGCAGCUUGCGCAGCUUCCUGAACUCGUGUUUCCUCUUGCCGGCGAGCAGGAAGCUGUCGGGGGGCUGGCGAAGGAAGACGAGUGGCCCCGCGGAGCCGCCGCUGGCGGGGGGCCCCGCGGCCGCGGCGCCGCGGGGGCUGCCGUUCCUGCAGUGGCGCAGCAGACUGCCGAAGCUGGCGGCUGCGGGCUGCGGCGGCGAGGGCUCUUCGCCGCAAAACAAGGCCGGCGGAGGCGGCCCCAGCUGCUUCGCCCGCGCCUGGGGCGGCGCGGCCAGCCGCCAGCGCGAGCCGCGGGGGGGGGGGGGGGGGGGGGGGCCCGGGGGGGGGGCCGGGGGGGGGGGGGGAAGCGGUGCAGCACGCGAGUCGUUUGUUGUCGCUGCGGAGGAAAGGCAAGAGCGGACCUGCCGACGGCGGAAGGGCCAACGUCACGUCGCCGCUGUCGAUGGGUCUGUGAGCUAUUUGAUGAGGGGGGGAGUUGGCCUUCCGACAAAGCCGUGGAAGGGCAGUCGCCUGCGUCCCGUCGCGAAGACGCAAGCAAAAGCUUGUCGCUGCAGCGCUGCUGCUGCUGGCGGAACGCCUGUCUCCUGCUGCAGCGAAGCAGUGCCCAGCAACUGA